AUGUAAAAACUGGUAUAUAAAACUCGUUUUUUAAGGGGCAAAUAUAUUGGUGAUAAAGGUGCAUCAGGCUUAGGUUCUGCUUUAGCAAAUUGCAUUAAUCUCUCAAAUUUGACACUUGAACUCCAUUCGAAUAAAAUUGGUGAUAAAGGUCUAUCAGGCUUAGGCUCUGGUUUAGCAAAUUGCAUAAAUCUCUCAAAUUUGAAACUUGGUCUUCAUUCGAAUAAAAUUGGUGAUAAAGGUCUAUCAGGCUUAGGCUCUGGUUUAGCAAAUUGCAUAAAUCUCUCAAAUUUGAAACUUGGUCUUCAUUAUAAUUAAAUUGAUGAUGAAGGUGCAUCAGGCUUAGGUUCUGCUUUGGCAAAUUGCAUUAAUCUCUCAAAUUUAACACUUGAACUUCGUUCGAAUAAAAUUGGUGAUAAAGGUGUAUCAGGCUUAGGUUCUGCUUUAGCAAAUUGCAUAAAUCUCUCAAAUUUGACACUUGAACUUGGUGAAAAUUAAAUUGGUGCAAUGGGUGCUUCUGGUUUAGGUCCUGCUUUGGCAAAUUGCAUAAAUCUCUCAAAUUUGAAACUUUAUCUUCAUUGCAAUUAAAUUGGUGAUGAAGGUGCAUCAGGCUUAGGUUCUGCUUUAGCAAAUUGCAUUAAUCUCUCAAAUUUGACACUUUAUCUUAAUUCGAAUAAAAUUGGUGAUAAAGGUGUAUCAGGCUUAGGUUCUGGUUUAGCAAAUUGCAUUAAUCUCUCAAAUUUGACACUUGACCUUGGUAUAAAUGAAAUUGGUACAAUGGAUGCAUCAGGCUUAGGUUCUGCUUUAGCAAAUUGCAUUAAUCUCUCAAAUUUGACACUUGACCUUCGUUCUAAUUUAAUUGGUGAUGAAGGUGCAUCAGGCUUAAGUUCUGUUUUAGCAAAUUGCAUAAAUCUCUCAAAUUUGACACUUUAUCUUAAUUCGAAUAAAAUUGGUGAUAAAGGUGUAUCAGGCUUAGGUUCUGGUUUAGCAAAUUGCAUUAAUCUCUCAAAUUUGACACUUGACCUUGGUGGAAAUUAAAUUGGUGCAAUCGGUGCAUCAGGCUUAGGCUCUGCUUUAGCUAAUUGCAUUAAUCUCUCAAAUUUGACACUUGACCUUCGUGGCAGUUAUAUUGGUGAUGAAGGUGCAUCAGGCUUAGGUUCUGCUUUAGCAAAAUGCAUUAAAAUCUCAAAUUUGAGACUUGAACUUCCUUACAAUUAAAUUCAUGAUAAAGGUGCAUCAGGCUUAGGUUCUGCUUUAGCAAAUUGCAUUAAUCUCUCAAAUUUGACACUUGACCUUGGUGCAAAUUAUUUUGGUGCAAUGGGUGCAUCAGGCUUAGGUUCUGCUUUAGCAAAUUACAUUAAUCUUUCAAAUUUGAAGCUUGAUCUUAAUUAUAAUUAAAUUGAUGAUGAAGGUGCAUCAAGCUUAUGUUCUGCUUUAGCAAAUUGCAUUAAUCUCUCAAAUUUGACUCUUGGUCUUGGUUAAAACUAAAUUGAUGAAUAAUAAUAACUGAAAGUAAAAAGCAACUGCCUAAAAUCAAAAAGAUUAGUUAUCUUUGAAAUAAAUUUCUGA